UUUCAAUCUAGUUUGUUGUCCAUCAUGGUGCAGACGACACACCAUGAGAACAACGAGGUACGGGAUUAGUGCCCUUGCUCUGCUAUUCAUCGUAUACGUGUCCUCGACGUUAUGGAUGCACUCCAAAAUUGCGAACGGCGCCGAAUCUGCCGACUCGUACUCCGGAUCAAUUUCGUUCGACGGAAAUCUUGCGCGCUCACGAUUAAGCGAUCAAUCUUCCCGUACACAUCAUCAAUCGAUUCUCUUCAAUACAGGCACUCGACUGGAGCCGCUUGAACGACUAGAGAUUAACAGGCCCGGCUCGUUCUCUUCUUGUUUGUUGGUUAUGGAUGACAAUCAUUUUUUGACGGAAUGGCUGGCCUUCCACUAUCACGUGUUGCCCUUGCGCCGUCUCAUCAUCGCCGUCGACCCCCGCAGUGUGACAACACCAGCACCGAUUUUAAAUCGAUGGAGAUCACCAAAUUUAAACUUCAAUAUUUCCUUGUGGGCCGAUCAUGAUUUCAUGGCGGAUACAGAAGAGCACCGUGUCGCCGUAGACUGGGUCCGGCGUAAGUUCGAAAACACGAAGAUUGGUGAAGAUUUGAUUCAGCAUCGGGCCCGUCAACGUUUGUUUUAUUAUAAAUGCAUGAAGCAGCUGAAAAACGAAAACCGUGAUUGGACUAUAUUGACCGAUAGCGACGAGUAUCUUCUCAUUAACUACGAAACGGUAAAAACGACGAAGACUGGCCUGGUAACCCCGUCAGUUGACGAGCCUGGGUCCGUUUUGACCUUCUUGCAACGCGAGCUGGCUCAACCAAUGACUAAUCUAACCUCACCGUGUAUCCAGAUUCCACGAAGUCGGUUCAAUGCACAAGAAUCGGAAUCAUCGCAGGUUCAAAAACUAGUUCCACUGGGAUUAAAUGCUUCGCAAUUUCAAACUCUGCGAUGGCGUCACCACGCCGAUGCUUACAACUAUGCUGCCAAUCGGAUUUCCAAAGUCGUCAUGGACCUAUCACGGGUACCAUGGAGUGCGCUGGAACCGGUUAGCUCAAUUCACAGGCCUGUUCGAUCUCUGUGUGGUCGUCGAAAACUACACUUGCGGGCUCCCGAACAGGUGUUUGUCAUUCAUCACUAUCUCGGCACAUGGGCACAAUAUUCUUACCGGGAUGAUUCCCGAAAAGGCAACGAACGCGGGCUCUUGGCUUACCAAAAGGCUCAGCAGUUCGUGGACAAAGUUGAAACGGAUGACGAUAUUCGCCCUUGGUUAGAUGGUUUUGCUCGGCGAACAGGAGUAGAAAUCGCUACGGCCUUGCUGGCAGGGGUGGGCGUCAUUGACCCUUAG